UACAGUAAACACUUGUGGCGCCGGUGGAGGAGGUGUGGACGGGCAGGUUCUCACGGUCCCUUAUUUCCUUACGUUUUUACCCACUUAGCCUUUACGUUAGUGCAGGACACUUACCCCAAGACACCUCCUGGCCGCGACUCCCUGACGAGGCAAGAUGCUGCUGUGGUCACUUCUGCCCGCCCUCCUGCUGGUGGUGCCUGUUUGGGCCGAGCUCUGUCCUGGUGGGAAGGUCAGGUGCCCAAACAACAUGACCUGCUGUCCGCUUGCUAACCAUGAGUUCGGGUGCUGCACCUACCCCCAGGCUCAGUGCUGCCACGACCACGUCCACUGCUGUCCCUUCGGCAUGAAGUGCGACGAGAGGCACCAGGCCUGCCUCAAGAAUGGGUUCCCGGUGCUCUUCUUUGCACAGAUCUCAGCCAGGCCAGAGGUGGUGGUCCAGGAGGAGGAGGAGGAGGGUGAACUGACACACUAUCGCCAUAUUCACUUCCUGGAGACCAACCACGUUAAUGACACUGACGUUGAAGGAGAGAGCAAGAAUUGUCCCGACGGCCACCAGUGUCCCUCCUCCUUCACCUGCUGCAAGAUGUUCAGGGGUCACUACGGCUGCUGCCCCUACGCUGACGCAAAGUGCUGCAUGGACGGCUUCCACUGCUGCCCCCACGGAUCCGAGUGUGAGCCGACUUCCGGAGGCUGUGAGAGUGAACGAGGGGCCUGGUUGGGCAAGGCAGCAGCUAUGAUGAAGACCAGUGAACCGAGGAAGCCCAGCCCACCUCAAGCUGCUGACCCAGGAGGCAAGUGUCCUGAUGGUCACCCCUGCGCCGAGCAGUUCACCUGCUGCCACGUGACGGACGGAGGCUAUGGCUGCUGCCCGCUGACCGACGCCAUCUGCUGCACGGACCUCAUUCACUGCUGCCCCCAACACUCCGUCUGCAACACCUCCACCGGUGCUUGUGAUAAGGGGAAUUUGUCGACUCCAGCCUUCUCACUCGCCUCGCAGAACCUACCCAACACACCACACUUCCCUGAGACCCUGCCGGAAACAGAGUCAGAAUUAUCCAAGGCAGGCCCUGAUGGUCUUUGCCCUGACAAGCGGAGUCGGUGUGAGCCUGGGAACACUUGCUGCCUCAUGAAGGAUGGCUCCUACGGCUGCUGUCCCUUUGCAGAGGCCACCUGCUGCUCAGACCACGAGAGCUGCUGCCCCAACGGUUACCAGUGUGCUGCGGGUGGGAUGUGUGAGAGGCUGCCCUUCCUGUCCUUCCUGCCACCUGUCCUGCGCCAGCGCAAACCGGCUGCCGUGCCAAGUGAAGAGCCAGCCGCUGUUGAUGAGGAAUACAUAAACUGCCCCGACGGCUCCAUGUGUCCCGACGGCAACACCUGCUGCAACAUCUCAUCUUCCCGCUUUGGCUGCUGCCCCAUGCCCAGGGCAACGUGCUGCGGCGACAUGCAACACUGCUGUCCCCAUGGCUACUGGUGUGCUGAUUCUGGCUGUGAGCGUUUGGAGGGGGGCAGCAGCCUCAACAAGACCCUCAUCGAGCACACCACACUGGGCGCUGAGUCCCCCAAGGUGAUGCUGGCACCAUAGUGACCUCCAGCAACUGUGAUGUAGGAAUUUCUUUGCAUUAUCAGAAGGUUAGAAAGGUUAUUGCUGUCAUUAUUCCUCUGUUUGGUUUGGGGCAUUAUAUUCAGCUUGUAGUUUAGUUGUUAUUAUCUUGUAGGCUGUGGAAUAUAUUGGGGAUUUUCUCAUUGCUUUGAGCUGAAGGUGCAAUUCUUCAUGCUGUUUUCUGGAAGGGAGACGUUGCGUGAGCCAAGUUCUUGCCGUUGGGGGAAGUAUUUUCUAGUGUUCAGCGGGCAGCUUGACGCAGACUCAGAGACAAGAGCUAUGCAAAAGAAUUAACAGCAUGGUGAUGGAGAAUAUAGAUUGAUUUAGGCAUUUCCUUAGGUAUGAUAGACUACCGAGAAGAAUUGUAAAUAUUUGUACUGAAGGAUGUUUUUUACACCAGUUUAUUCUCAUGGGAUUUUUUGUCCUAGCCCGAACCUACAGUAUUGUUUCUAUGGCUCAGUGUAGUGGUUAAUACAAAGUGCAGUAUUCUGGGAAGACAAGCAAGGCAUCAUAUUUGUUAGUAUGUACCAUUUGAGAUUUAACAUUUGAGAUUUAUUAUGUUUUUCUUAUGAUUAGCAGACACGUUUAACUGAAAUCACUGCGCUCUUAGUGAAGGGUAUUGCAAAGUUUGUAUCAUAGGGAAACCAUUUGAAGUACCUGAUAGCGAUGGUGUCUUAUGUUCUUCCACCAAAACAAGCUGUCGGCGUAGAAGUAUCAGAAUGAGUGUAUGUGAAGGGCAAGAUUAGAUACAGUAGAAUAAGUGGCGAUUUCUCAUAACUUCCAUUGUCAAGAGUGAAGCGUUCGUGUGUGUUUCAGAAUGUGACCCUUGUGUUCUCCCACUAAAACAAGCCAUGGGUGUAGAGGUAUCAGAAUUUAAGGAUGUGGAAGGCAAGAUUAGACACAAAUUAGUUGGUGGCGAUAUCUCAUUACUUCCUUUGUCAAGAGUGAAGCGUUCGUGUGUGUUUCAGAAUGUGACCCUCGUGUUCUUCCACUAAAACAAGCCAUGGGUGUAGAGGUAUCAGAAUUUAAGGAUGUGGAAGGCAAGAUUAGACACAAAUUAGUAGGUGGCGAUAUCUCAUUACUUCCUUUGUCAAGAGUGAAGCGUUCGUGUGUGUUUCAGAAUGUGACCCUCGUGUUCUUCCACUAAAACAAGCCAUGGGUACAGAAGCUUAUAGAGGGGAUGUGAAGGGCAAGAUUAGACACAAUAUUAGUAGGGGUCAAUAUCUCAUUACUUCCAUUGUCAGAAGUGGAUUGUGAAGUGUCAUUGGAUGUUAUUAUGAUCUUUAAGAAAUGUUAUUAUUGUCACUGCAAAGUAUAUAUUAUUAAUGUUUGAGUUGUGCAUUUAUUUACAUUAGGAGAGAUUAGUGUUUCUGUAUAUCAUGGAAGCUAUUUGUACUAAUAUUUCCUACUGAAUUAAAGUCUUUUUCAUACACA